AAUCCCCAAUGCAAUAAAUGUCCCUUGAAAGUCUCUUUGGUAGAAGUUCCUCAAAAAAUACCAAUUGAAAUUAAAGACACAGAAGAAUCUGUUAUCAAACACUUAUAUCAGACUAUAUUAUCAAUAAUUUUCGUAGUUGGACAAAUAGAAAUUAUAGCUAACGAAUUAUAUGAUUAUGCUAAUGAUAUCAAUUUUAUCGAUACUCAUUUUAUUACUAAAAAAAAGGAACUUCCUGAUACUGAAUUACCUUCGACUAAUCCAAUUCCAAAUCCAACACGAUAUAAACUUCUUAAUGUUCAUCAAACUAUAAUUCAAAAUUCAGAAGUUGAUCCCGAAAACAAUCUUCCUUCAUUGAAAUGCAAAUGA